UGUAGCUUCACUACCCUAGCUAACCAGCAAUUCCAAAAGCCAAUUAAAUUCAACAUGUCAGCCGCCGUAGCAGCCGCCGCCGCCGCCGCAAGAGUCUCAUCUAACCGCAGUUCUCAUCAUCGAAGUAACCAGCAGGCAGUGAACCAUCAACGUUGGACACCCAUUUUCCCACCAUCGCCACAACCCGCACUGCUCGUCCCAGCUUUUAGCCGCUAUGAAUCACAGAAGCAACGUGACUGGAACGCGUUCGUGCAGUACCUGAAGAUGCAUCGCCCACACUUGUGUCUCUCCCAGUGCAGCGGCGUACACGUGCUCGAAUUCUUGGAGUAUCGGUUCGUGGACACCAAAAUCCACACCCAGAACUGUCCCUUUUUGGUGGACCGACCUGAACCACCAUCGUCAUGCUCUUGCCCUCUCAAGGAAGAUUGGAGCAGCUUGGAUGGUCUGGUCGGCCGGCUCCGUGUGGCUUUUGAGGAGAACGGAGGUCAACCGGUGAUGAACCCUUUCAGUGCCGGAGUUGUAAGGCUGUACCUGAGGCAAGUGAAGGAGGCUCAAGCAAAGGGUAGAUGAAAUAGCUCACUCGCAAAGAAGAACUCAACAGCU